CCGGUGAAAGUGAAAGUCCAUUUAGUGAAGAAAGGAAGCAAAUCAUUGGCAGGAGAAAAACACAUUAAGUGUAAUCUGUAGGAGGAGACAUGACCUCCAACAUGAGUGUGUCUGUGAACCAGGACUUAAAGAAAAAUGAGAGUCUGAUUCAGGGUGAGAGAUCAGACUCACCUGAACCCAGCUGUGUGUCCAUGAAGAGUGACGCGUCAAUGGGUCAACCAAUGCGCUUUAGAGAGAGAGACAGUAUGACCGAUCUGAGAUCAUUAAAGAGAAAGAGAUCAGACUCAUCUGAACCCAGCUGUGUGUCCAUGAAGAGUGACAACUCAAUGGAUCCUCCAUUGCGCUUUAGAGACACAGACUGUGCUACUGAUCUGAGAACACAGAAGAAUAAAUCAAAAAUCACUGAGAAGAGUCAUUUGGAGGCCAUAUUCAAGGAUCUGGAGCACAAAGUCAUCACUCUGUUAAAGAAUGAGCUGAAGAGAUUUAAGAAGCUCCUGAGUUCAGAUUACCCAGCAUGCUCUGAGAGGGAGGUGGAGGAUGAGGAGGAUCAGAGCAGUGUCAGAGAGGGAGCGCUGAAGAUCACGCUGCACGUCCUGAAGAACAUGAACCACACAGAUCUCGCUAACACACUGCAGAACAAACUCGUGUACCAGCAGAAACUCAAAUCCAAACUGAGAGAGAAAUGUAAAAGAAUUAAUGAAGGAAUCUCACAGCAUGGAAGCUCGGCACUUCUGAAUGAGAUCUACACAGAUCUUUACAUCACAGAGGGUUGGAGUGGAGACAUCAAUAAUGAACAUGAGGUGAGACAGAUUGAGACAGCGUCCAAGAGACCAGAAACACAGGAGACACCCAUUAAAUGUAAUGAGCUCUUUAAAGACAAGUCCAUCAGAAGUGUGCUGACUAAAGGAGUUGCUGGAAUUGGAAAAACAGUCUCUGUGCAGAAGUUCAUUCUGGACUGGGCCGAAGGAAAAGCAAAUCAGGACGUCACCUUCAUGUUUCCACUUCCCUUUAGGGAGCUGAAUUUGAUGAAACAGAAAAAUCUCAGUCUGAUGAAACUUCUUCAUGACCUUUUCCCAGAAAUAAAAGAAUUACAAUUAAUAGACUGUAAUGUUCACAAAGUGAUAUUCAUCUUUGAUGGUCUGGAUGAGUGUCGACUUCCUCUAAAUUUCCAGAACAAUGAGAGUUUGUGUGAUGUGACAGAGUCAGCCUCAGUGGACGUGCUGCUGACAAACCUCAUCAAGGGGAAUCUGCUUCCCUCUGCUCUCCUCUGGAUAACCUCUCGCCCAGGAGCAGCCAAUCAGAUCCCUCCUGAGUGUGUAAACCAGGUAACAGAGGUACGAGGGUUCAGUGAUCCUCAGAAAGAAGAGUACUUCAGGAAGAGGAUCAGUGAUCAGAGCCUGGCCAAUAAAAUCAUCACACACAUGAAGUCUUCACGAAGCCUCUACAUCAUGUGCCACAUCCCAGUCUUCUGCUGGAUUUCAGCCACUGUUCUAGAGAGAAUGUUGGGUGAAGCAGCGAGUGGAGAGAUCCCCAAGACUCUGACUCAAAUGUUCACACACUUCCUGAUCUUUCAGAUCAAACACAAGGAUCAAAAGUACCAUCAGAAAUGUGACCCUGAUCCUCAGAAGACCAGAGAGAGUAUCCUGGCACUGGGAAAACUGGCUUUCCAACAGCUGGAGAAAGGAAACCUGAUCUUCUAUGAGGAAGACCUGAGAGAGUGUGGCAUUGAUGUCAGUGAAGUGUCAGUGUACUCAGGAGUGUGUACCCAAAUCUUCAGAGAGGAGUUUGGGCUUCACCUGGGGAAGGUGUUCAGCUUUGUACAUCUGAGUGUUCAGGAGUUUCUGGCUGCUUUAUAUGCAUUUCUCUCUUUCAUCAGCAGAAGUGUAACAGACCAACAAACCACUCAUCUGUCUGAUCUUUUAACCAAAUCAAACAUGUCUGAUUUCCUGAGGUGUGCAGUGAACAAGGCCUUACAAAGUGAGAAUGGACACCUGGACCUGUUCCUCCGCUUCCUUCUGGGUCUCUCACUGGAGUCCAAUCAGACUCUCUUACGAGAAAUAAUGCCCCAGACAGGAAGCAGCUCUCACAGCAAACAGGAUACAGUCGAGUACAUCAAGGAGCAGAUCAGGGAGAAUCCAUCUCCAGAGAAAUCCAUCAAUCUGUUCCACUGUCUGAAUGAACUGAAUGAUCAUUCUCUAGUGCAGGAAGUACAGCAUUACCUGAAAAGCAGAGAUUCCUGGUGUCUCAGGAGAGUCAGACUCUCUCCUGCUCAGUGGUCAGCUCUGGUGUUUGUGUUGCUGAACUCAGAAGAGAAUCUGGAUGUAUUUGAUUUGAGUAAAUAUGACACAUCAGAGGAAUGUCUUCUGAGGCUGAUGCCAGUGGUCAAAGCAUCCAGAAAAGCUAAGCUGUAUCACUGUGAUCCCACAGAGGAAAGCUGUAGAGCUCUGUCCUCAGUUCUCAGCUCAAACUCCUCCACUCUGAGAGAACUGGACCUGAGUUACAAUAAACUGCAUGAUUCAGGAGUGAAGCUGCUCUCUGCUGGACUGGAGAAUCCACACUGUACACUGGAGAAACUGAGGCUGCGUCGGGGUAAACUCACAGAGGAAAGCUCUAGAGCUCUGUCCUCAGUUCUCAGCUCAAACUCCUCCAGUCUGAGAGAACUGGACCUGAGUGACAAUAAACUGCAGGAUUCAGGAGUGAAGCUGCUCUCUGCUGGACUGGAGAAUCCACACUGUGCACUGGAGAUACUGAGCUCUGAAGUCAAACACUUCAUCACACCUGAGAGAACUGAAUCUGAACUACAAUAAACCAGGAGAAUCAGUAGUGAAGCUGCUCUCUGAUCUACUGAAGGAUCCACACUGUAAACUGAAGAAACUACAGUGAGUUACUGACUGAAACACACACACACACACACACACACACACACAGUAACAGUGAUUUGGUGGUUUAAUGUCUCUUUAUACACUUCAGAGGAGAUUCUGUAUCUUAAUGUGUUUGUACAGUAAUAAGAAAUAAAAACACUGUUCUGCAUUUGGGUUCUCUCUGGGAAAAGAGUGGGAGAGAGCUUGCCCCUGGUGAAGGAGAUUAAGCAUUUUGGCAUUUUAUUCAUGAGGAAUGAAAAAACUGUUAGAUUGACAAACAGUGAUUAAAUUAACACCAGUGUUACAGUCAGAUUUACAGUCACUGUACUGGUCUGUGGGAGUGAAGCAAGAGCUCAGUAUGUGGACAAACCUCUCUGCUUACUACGUCCCUCCUCUCAUCUCUCUGCUUACAAUCUACAUCUCUGUCCUCAACGAUCAUCACAAGCUGUGAGUAGUGACCGUAGGAAUACUCCAGUUUGAGGUUGUUCAGGCAGCUGAUGAGGGCGCCCCCUGGUGGCUUUAUCAGGCAAUCGUGUGUUUCUCCCAGAAACAAUGAUCCAGCCCCCCAAUUUUUACAUCAUUUGUGGUAUUUAUGGUUUUGUAUUUUGUAUACCUGAAUCUGUCUUUUUGUACGUUUUGUGUAAAAAAAAAUGUUUUACUGAUUACAUAGUUUAAUCAUUUCUGUUUGUUUUAUAGUUUAAUAUGUGUAUUUGGAAAUCUGCAAUAUAAAUACUGUACUUUUACACACACACACAAAGAGAAACAGAAAAUAUUAACUUAAAUUGUAGUUUUGAUAUUAUGGGGACAAAAUUUAGUGUCACAUGCUUUAGAUACAGAUUUAAAAGACCCCUGUCCCAGACACACACACAAACACACACACACACACACACACACAGUACAUGCAAAAUGAUCUAAGUAAAAGGAUAAAUUAUAUUUCUGUAUGUUUUUUUUUGAGAUGUCACUGUUCUGAUAUAUCAUCAUUUCUCUCCCAGGCUGUGUGGGUGUAAUCUCACAAAGGAAAGCUGUAGAGCUCUGUCCUCAGUUCUAAGCUCAAACUCCUCCAGUCUGAGAGAACUGGACCUGAGUAACAAUAACCUCCAGGAUUCAGGAGUGAAGCUGCUCUC